GUAAUUUUUGCAAGUUACUUAAAACCGCCAUCAAGGCAGCCACACCUACCACUCUGGGUGCCAUCGCUCGACAUCGGCUCACUGAUCCUCUCCUUCUCGUCGUACCCUUCGCCGCUCCGCCACGAUGUCAGCAGAGACGACGCCUCUGAAAGGCACCUUGACGAAGGUACACACGUCUAUUCCGCGCGCUCUUUCUUCGCACUCCUUGGCUAUUGUGGGCGAUUAUGCCUACGUGUUCGGCGGCGAGCAGCAGGCCCGUAGCGCUGUGGACAAUUCUAUGCACGCGUACGCGCUGCCCAGCGCUUCGGAGCGGCUCUCUGCCGCCUUCCAUUCGGACUAUGACCACAUCGUCGCGGAGGCCGAAGGCGGCGGUCCCGUCCCGCCACAGCGCGUCGGGCACACUGCGGCGACUGUAGGUAGCUGCAUCUACGUCUAUGGUGGACGCGGGCCUGCCGCGGGUCCUCUCGAGGAGCGCGGUCGUAUCUGGGUUUUCAAAACAGAGAGCCGUAAAUGGACGCACCUCGACCCCGCCCCCACCUCACCAUUUCCAUGUGGGCGUUCGUACCACGCAUCCGUGGGCACCGAUGCCUCCUUUAAGGACGCAUCAGGUGGGGGCGCAGGUACGAUCUUCGUACACGCCGGCUGCACUGUGAAAGGCCGCCUCAAUGACACCUGGGCCUUUGAUCUUGCAUCGCGUAUAUGGACGAAGCUGGCCGACGCCCCACCCCCGCCCCGGAGCGGCGCGAUGCUCGCGUUCGCGCGGGGGACGCUGUGGAGGUUUGGCGGCUUUGACGGCGCUGUUGAACUCGGCGGUCAGCUCGAGUUCCUCGACAUGCGGGCGCCUCACCAAUGGGGCAGUGUUCCCAUCCCCGACGGGCAGGGCCCUGGCGCGCGCAGCAUGGCGGGAAUGCAGCCGAUGAUCACGGCAGACGGGAAGGAAUUCCUGAUCGUAUUCGGCGGGGAGCGCUGUCCUUGUGCGAAAGGCCGGAGUGACUCUGGGAAGUUCUGGGGAGACGUGUGGGCAUACGCGUUGAAUGGUGCCGGCAGCUGGCGCGAGGUGAAGCCGGAUACCGAGGAGGAUUGGGGUGAGCGAGGUUGGUUUGCGAGCGCGGGCGGAAUACGCGGGGGAUCUGCAGCUCUGCUUUGGGGAGGUAUCAACGAGCAAAACAAGCGAGAGGACGAUGGGUGGCUCCUUUCUUUACGCUGAUUGGACAAAUGUAGCGAUAUUCCUUUGUAAAUCAUUCAUGUAAAAACAUCGCGGAGCGGGUACCCUGUACUGUCGUGCACCAGUCGAGGUUUGCGGAGGAGCUGUAUGAAUGCGACACAUAUACUGUAUUAUCGAGUCGUUGUUUUGCGAGCGGCCUGGUCGGAAUAACGAGGAGGACGCAGUACCGCCUGCGAGCAGCGAACUUAUAU